AAUUUUUCAUCUUGCAUUUGUACUUCACUCUCCUGGAGUGUAACUUACAGCGGCUGAAACUACAAAACGUUUGCUGUGGUGAUGUCCCUGAUAACUCUUGCUCUGGUGUUUCUGCUCCUGAUUCCAGGAGUUUGUAGUCAGUGGGGUGGUUGGGGUGUGAGUUACAGUCCUCCACACAUCUGUGCACUAAAGGACUCAACAGUGAUAAUGAGAUGCACUUAUACAUACCCUACUGGAUAUAAGAUCAAGAAAGUGUUCUGGACCAAAACACUGGUAAAAUAUGAUGACGAGUUUCCAGAUCUGUCUAAUGAUCCUGAAUACCGUCAGAGGCUUCAGUAUCUGGGAGAUAAACAGCAGAACUGCACCGUCAGACUGAGUCAUGUGACACUGAAGGAUUCACGCAUGUACUAUUUCAGAUUCACCACUGAUAGACCUGAUGUGAAAUGGAUUGGUGAACCAGGAGUGACUCUUACUGUCACAGAUCUUCAGGUGGAGUCUCCUGAGAGAGUGACAGAGGGAGAUUCAGUCAGUCUGACAUGUAAAAGCAGCUGCGCUCUGACUGACAGAGCAACAUUCAUCUGGUACAGAAACUCACUGAAGAUAUUAACUGAGAGUCAAUUCAGGAACACACUCAUCCUCAAUCCAGUCAGAAGAGAGGAUUCAGGCAGAUAUAGCUGUGCUGUAGACGGACACACACACGUCUCUCCUGAUGUUCACCUCAAUGUCACGUAUCCUCCAGUGAAACCUGUGAUCUCCAUCAGUCCAUCUGGUGUAAUAGUGGAGGGAGAUUCAGUGACUCUGAAGUGCAUCAGUGACUCAAACCCUCCUGCAGGAAUCCACUGGUUUAAAGGAGGAACGAUUGUAGGAUCUGGAAGAAUCUUCAACAUCUCAAAGAUCAGAUCUGAUGACAGUGGAGAAUACAAGUGCAAGUCCAUCAAUAAACAUGGAGAGAAAUACUCUGAUACUGUGACUUUAAACGUCAUGUAUCCUCCCAGGAACGUCUCAGUGUCCAUCAUUCAGUCUGGUCAGAUCUGGGCAGGAGAUUCAGUGACUCUGAAGUGCAUCAGUGACUCAAAUCCUCCUGCUGUGAACUUCAGCUGGUUUAAGGAGAAUGAAAGCUCAGCUGUUGGAUCUGGACAGAGUUUCAGUGCACUACAGAGUGGACGCUUCUACUGUCAGGCUCACAAUCAACAUGGAUCUCAGAGAUCAGACGCUGUAACUGUCACAGUUGGUCCUGUUGCUGGUUGGCUCGUCUGGUUGGGGAUCACAGUGGCAUGUGUAAUCAUCAUCAUCAUCAUCAUCAUCGUAUUGUAUAAAAUUCAGAAGAAAAGGAUAAACUGUAGAUCUGCAAUACACGAGUAUGAGAACGAUCCCAGAACUGAUCCAAGAACUGAUCCCAGAACUGAUCCUAGAACUAAUCCUAGAACUGAUCCCAGAACUGAUCCUAGAACUGAUCCCAGAACUGAUCCCAGUGAAGGCACAUAUACAUCUCUUGAUCUCAAGACCAGAUCAUCUGACCUGUACGACACACUCACAAUUGUCCAUCCCAGACCUGCUGUUCACCAGUCGGGCUUAUCUGGAUAUGAGAAUCUGUCAAUUCCACAGCAAGACGCCGCAAAAACGUUUGCUGUGGUGAUGUCCCUGAUAACUCUUGCUCUGGUGUUUCUGCUCCUGAUUCCAGGAGUUUGUAGUCAGUGGGGUGGUUGGGGUGUGAGUUACAGUCCUCCACACAUCUGUGCACUAAAGGACUCAACAGUGAUAAUGAGAUGCACUUAUACAUACCCUACUGGACAUAAGAUCAUGAAAGUGUUCUGGAUAAAAACACUGGUAAAAGAUGAUGACGAGUUUCCAGAUCUGUCUAAUGAUCCUGAAUACAGUCAGAGGCUUCAGUAUCUGGGAGAUAAACAGCAGAACUGCACCGUCAGACUGAGUCAUGUGACACUGAAGGAUUCACACAUGUACUAUUUCAAAUUCACCACUGAUCAAGACAAAUGGAUUGGUAAUCCAGGAGUGACUCUUACUGUCACAGGUGACUUUGAUCUUCAGGUGGAGUCUCCUGAGAGAGUGACAGAGGGAGAUUCAGUCAGUCUGACAUGUAAAAGCAGCUGCGCUCUGACUGACAGAGCAACAUUCAUCUGGUACAGAAACUCACUGAAGAUAUUAACUGAGAGUAAAUUCAGGAACACACUCAUCCUCAAUCCAGUCAGAAGAGAGGAUUCAGGCAGAUAUAGCUGUGCUGUAGACGGACACACACACGUCUCUCCUGAUGUUCACCUCAAUGUCAUGUAUCCUCCCAGGAGCGUCUCAGUGUUGAUAAAUGGAUCUGGUGUAAUAGUGGAGGGAGAUUCAGUGACUCUGAACUGCACCAGUGACUCAAACCCUCCUGCAGAAAUCUACUGGUUUAAAGGAGGAACGUUUGUAGGAUCUGGAAAAAUCUUCAACAUCUCAAAGAUCAGAUCUGAUGACAGUGGAGAAUACAAGUGCAAGUCCAUCAAUGAACAUGGAGAGAAAUACUCCGCUGUGAUUUUAAAUGUCAUGUAUCCUCCCAGGAACGUCUCAGUGUCCAUCAUUCAGUCUGGUCAGAUCUGGGCAGGAGAUUCAGUGACUCUGAAGUGCAUCAGUGACUCAAACCCUCCUGCUGUGAACUUCAGCUGGUUUAAGGAGAAUGAAAGCUCAGCUGUUGGAUCUGGACAGAGUUUCAGUGCACUACAGAGUGGACGCUUCUACUGUCAGGCUCACAAUCAACAUGGAUCUCAGAGAUCAGACGCUGUAACUGUACAUCGUGGUCAUGGAUGGCUCUGGUUGGUGAUCACAGUGUGUUUAGGAUUCUUCAUCGUCAUCAUCAUAAUUCUGUUUAUAAUGAGAAAACGAAGAGGUGCUAAAGCUGAAGACCUCACCGAAAAUCAGGACAAUCUGUACUCUACUGUAACAGGGAGAAAUGCUCAUGUUUCUGAAUCAGCCGAUUGUGAUGACGCUCGGUACGAAAGUGUUACUCCCAGCAAACCCAGAAGAGACGGAAAUGCUCCUGAAUGCAGAGAUACUGAGGAGAUCCAGUACGCAACUGUCCAACAUCACAGAAAGACCGAAACGAAGAGAGCAGAGGAGGACGAAAGCCACUACGACAAUAUCAGGAUUGGUCAGCCUGAUGCUGCCGUGAGGCGAUCAAAUGUGCAGACUGUGGAAGAUGUUUCUGUGAUCUACAGUCGUGUAAAAUGAGUAAAUGAGACCAUCAUGAAGACAAAGGCCAAAACAAUGAAACAAUAUUCUGAGAGUAGGGCUGUCACAUGCUAAUUCACUCAGUUAUUUGUUAUUCGUUAAAUUAGGUAAAUAUGUCAGGAAUGCAGUGUCUGUAACCCUUUCUCAUUACAAGAGCCAAGAACCAACAACACAUUGUUUAGUGAGACUAAAAACAUUUUGUGAUGUCACUGGCUUGGUAAUUUUUGUUCUUAAUGUCAUUUGAACUUUUGACUUCAUGUGUUUCUGUAAGCAAAUAAAAAUGAUGUAUCAGUCUUACCAAA